AUGGCUGUGCUCUCCGACAAAGGAUUGACGUGCAGCAACUCACUGUGCAGGCAGCGUGACUUCCUCCCAUUCACCUGCAACAAGUGCGGCAAAGUGUUCUGCUUGGAACACUACUUACCAGAUGGCCACUCAUGUCCAAGGAAGAAUGCAGGAGACCGGCGAGUGUACGUCUGCCAAGACUGUCUGGAAGUCAUCAGUCUGCGACUUACCCCGAUUUCAUCUAUUAAAUGUCCGAAUUGUCAGGUGGAUGUGUGCAUCAAACACCGACUGAAGGAGGAUCACAACUGUGAGGUGCUCCUCUCCACCAGAGGCGAACGGAAGAGGAAUUCCCUGUUUAAGAAGCUGUCGUCCAGCGCUUCGAAGGGGAUGAAGUGGCAUUCGGAGUCUACCAAAAACUCUGGGGCAGAGAGGCGGCAUGUGCUUGAUCAUGUGAUGCCGCACUGA